AUGAAGAUUAUGCAAAGUUCUUUGAAUUGAUCGAAGAUGGCAAGCAACCGUUAUAUGAAGGGUGUGAGAAGUAUUCCAAAUUGUCCUUCCUAAUUAAAUUGUAUCAUAUAAAAUGUUUGUGUCGAAUGACUGAUAAAGCGAUGAGUAUGAUAUUAGAAUUGUUAAAAGACGCCUUUCAAGAUGCCAAGAUUCCUGUUUCCUUUUAUGAGGCCAAGAAAACCAUAAACAAACUUACUCUUAAUUAUACCAAGAUACAUGCUUGCCCAAAUGAUUGUAUGUUGUAUUUUGGGGAAGACGAGGGCUUGCAAGAAUGCAAAAGAUGCAAGACAUCUAGGUGGAAGAAUAAUAAAAAGAAACAACCUGCCAAGAUUUUGCGUUACUUUCCACUAAAGCCAAGGUUGCAAAGAUUGUUCAUGUGUUCUAAAACUGCUGAGUCUAUGAGAUGGCAUUCUGUAGGGGGUAACCAAGAUGGAGUGAUGAGGCAUCCUAGGGAUUCUCAGGCAUGGAAAACAUUUGACUUACUUCACCCUGAAUUUGCUGUCGAUCCUCGAAAUGUACGAUUAGCCCUAUCUAGUGACGGUUUCAAUCCUUUUGGAGCAAUGGCAACAAAUUAUAGUAUCUGGCCAGUGGUUCUUAUCCCGUACAACCGUCCUCCUUGGGAGUGCAUGAAACAAACUUCAUUUAUUCUCUCAAUGAUCAUUCCAGGAAAGCAAAUGCCAGGCAAUGACAUCGAUGUAUACUUACAACCCCUUAUCCAAGAGUUGAGAGAAUUGUGGUACGACGGAGUGCAGACAUUAGAUUCUUCAAAGAAUGAAAUUUUUAAAAUGCGGGCAGCUCUGAUGUGGACAAUUAGUGAUUUUCCUGCGCUUGGUAACUUGUCUGGAUGGAACACAUACACAAAUUUUGCUUGCCCCACGUGUAACUUUGCUACAGAUUCUUACAGAUUGAAGCAUAGUAGAAAGUGGUGUUUCAUGGGUCAUCGUCGUUUUCUUAGAAUUGGCCAUCGAUUUAGAUUGCAACGUACUCGUUUUAAUGGGAAAAUUGAGCAACGGGAGCCACCAAUAUUAUUAUCAGGGUCAGACAUCUUGAAACAAGUAGAGGGCAUUAAUGUCAUUUUUGGGAAAGUACCUGAAUUGAAUGAUAAUGGUAAAAGAACCCGAGGACAAACUGUUGUUGAAGAUAGAUCGAGACAAUGGAGAAAGAAAAGCAUAUUUUUUGAUCUUCCUUACUGGGAAUCUAACUUGUUGCGUCAUAAUCUAGAUGUUAUGCACAUUGAGAAGAAUGUUUGUGACAAUGUGAUAAACACUUUACUUAAUGAUAUUGGAAAAUCAAAAGACAAUCUUCAUGCUCGGGAAGAUCUUAGAGAAAUGGGUAUAAGGAAAGAACUUUGGGUUGAUGAGAAUGGAAAAUAUCCUCCAUCUUUGUUUACUAUAUCAAAUUCUAAGAAAGAUGGAUUCAAGAAAGAUGUGUUUUUGCGUACUAUAAAGAAUGUCAAAAUGCCUGAUGGAUACUCGAGUAACUUUUCAAGAUGUGUCGACUUGAAACAACGGAAGUUGUUUGGAAUGAAGAGUCAUGAUUGUCACAUUCUCAUGGAGCACUUGUUACCAAUUGCCAUACGUAAUGUUUUACCUGACAAAGUGACUGCAGUGUUGAUAGAGUUGAGUUCAUUCUUUCGACAACUCUGUGCUAAAAGCUUAAGUCUCUCAGACCUUGACAGGCUUCGGUCUCGACAUUUUCUCAACAUGAAUCACCUAGAAAUGUUAUUCCCUCCAGCGUUCUUUACAAUCAUGGUUCAUUUAACUUCUCAUCUAGUUGACGAAGCAAAACUUGGGGGACCAGUGCAGCAUCGGUGGAUGUAUCCAACUGAGAGGUAUUUAGGACACUGUAAGUCCUAUGUGAGAAACAUGUCACAACCAGAAGGUUCCAUCGCUGAAGGAUACCUAGCCGAGGAAGUUCUUACUUUUUGUUCCCAGUAUAUGAAGCCUCGGUUUUUCUUUAGGAUUGAUCAAGAAAGAGCAAAGAGUCAUGUUGACAGUUCACUCAAUAAUAAGUGGAAGGAGUUCAGGCUAAAGCUAUGGCGUGCGGCGUGGGAUCCAUUAAAGAGUAAAGAAGAAAUCAUCAGGAAAGUUCCAACAGGCAUUCCCAUGGACCAAUGGGCAUUGUUUGCUAAUUAUCGCCUGAAAGAAGAAACACAGGCACUUUGCAAGAAGAAUCAACAGAGUCGACAACAACAAAAGAUUCCUCAUACCAGUGGGGCUAAGAGUUUAGCUAGAAUAAGGGCUGAGAUGGAAAACAUGGGAAAAGAAGUUGAUCGAGGCAAAGUGUGGAUUGAGACUCAUAGGAGGAAAGAUGGGAAUUAUGUGAAUGAUGCAGCUAGGGAGGUUGGGGUAAGUAUUAACUGACUCUGAAUUGUUGCCCUUUUUUUUUUUUUUUUUUUUUGAAACUGCUAUGGUAACCAGCAGUUUUGCCAACAUAGAGAAGUCUAGCACUCUUUCAUGACAUUGGGUUGAAUAGUAUCCUCCAUUUGUGAUGCUUAUUGUGGUUUUACCUUUCGUGUAAGAGAGAAUUGAAGAAAUUCGAAGUCAAAGAUCAGAAGGUCUCACAGAAAUUUCUCCUCAUGAUGCGCUUGGUGUGGUCUUUGGUCCGGAGCACCCUGGUCGAGUUCGAGGCUUAGGCAUGGGUGUUGUUCCAACUGUGGCAUUCAAUAAGACAUCAAGGCGAGGUGGUCGUUUUUAUAUGGGUUCGUCUAAUGCUAGCGCUCCACCUCCACAAUGGCAACAAGAGAUGGCGGAUAUGAGAUCACAAUUGAAUGCGCUAACAAACUUAUAUCGAAUGAACAUAGGGAAUAUCCCUGAGGAGUUUAAUCACUUAUUUCCGACUCCUCCACAGCAGGCACAGGAUUCAGGAAGCGCUCGGUCGCCAGUUGGACCAAGAAGAUUCUCUGAUAGAAGUAACUACGGCGAUAGAGCGAGCGGUAAUUAGUAAUCAUCUAGGAUCAAAACUACUACGGGGAUAGAGCGAGUGGCAAUUAGUAAUCAUCAUUAGGAUCAAAACUAUGUUUUUUGGGUAUUUUUGAUGAAUAACUUUGAAACUCUAGCUUGAAUUUGGAUGUAAUUUUGGGAUACUUUUGUUUUAGAUAUUGAAUAUUUUGUUGAUUUAAACCUUUCAAGUGUUAAAAUUA